AUGUACAGCAAUGUUAAUGGUGAUCAUUUAUAGCGAAAAUAUAUAGAAAGAUUUUUUUAUUCUACAGAAAAAUAUAACAAUAGUCUUAUUUUUGAAGGUUUCUGACUUCCGUUGUCGUACACGUCUCUGAGCUGCGUAUUGAGGAUUUGACUUGUCUGAUUGCUCGUUGAAAAGUGAUAAACCCUAGUCCUGGUCGGGAGUCUAAAAUAUUGUUCAUCACUAGCGUGCAGCGCCUUUGACGAGCAAGCGGGCGAAUUAAGAGGACGGUGGCAGUAUGAACAAAAUGUAUCGGUUGUGUUUCCACGCUGCGCGACAAGCGGCGGGACUUAAAGCGUCGAGGCUGCUUCAACACAGAACCUUCAAAGUCAAUACCGUGCACAGACAGCAGCCUUUCGACUCGACGCUGGAGAAGCCUCAGUUUCCCGGAGCCUCCGCAGAGUUUGUGGAUCAGCUGGAGUUCAUCGAGCCCAAUGUCAUCUCGGGCAUCCCUGUGUACCGCGUGAUGGACCGCCAAGGCAACAUCAUCAACCCUUCACAGGACCCUCAGCUCUCCAAAGAAACGGUCCUCAACUUUUACCAGAAGAUGACGCUGCUGAACACCAUGGACCGCAUUCUGUACGAGUCUCAGAGACAGGGGAGGAUUUCCUUCUACAUGACAAACUAUGGCGAGGAGGGGACGCACAUUGGCAGCGCUGCGGCUCUCGACCCCAACGACAUGGUCUUUGGUCAAUACCGAGAAGCUGGUGUGCUGAUGUAUCGUGGCUUCCCGCUGGACUCCUUCAUGGCCCAGUGCUACGCCAACGCAGACGACCUGGGCAAAGGUCGGCAGAUGCCCGUCCACUACGGCUCACGGGACCUUAACUUUGUCACCAUCUCGUCUCCGCUGGCCACGCAGAUCCCACAAGCGGUGGGAGCAGCUUACGCCAUCAAAAGGGAGAAUAUCAACCGAGCGGUGAUUUGUUACUUUGGCGAGGGGGCCGCCAGCGAGGGCGACGCCCAUGCCGGUUUCAACUUCUCGGCCACGCUCGAGUGCCCGAUCAUAUUUUUCUGCCGCAACAACGGCUACGCCAUCUCCACCCCCACCAACGAACAGUACAGAGGAGACGGAAUCGCCGCUCGCGGGCCGGGCUAUGGCAUGCUGUCCAUCCGCGUGGAUGGCAACGACGUCUUCGCCGUGUACAACGCCACCAAGGAAGCUCGCCGCAGAGCAGUGGCAGAGAACCAGCCUUUCCUCAUCGAGGCCAUGACGUACAGGAUCGGCCACCACAGCACAAGCGACGACAGCUCGGCCUACCGCUCGGUGGACGAGGUCAACUACUGGGACAAGCAAGACCACCCCAUCUCGCGUCUCCGGCACUACAUGACGGCGCGCGGUUGGUGGAGCGAGGACGACGAGCGGAGCUGGCGCAAGCAGUCGCGCAAGACGGUCAUGGAGGUCUUUGAGCGUGCCGAGAAGCGCCUCAAGCCCAACCCGGAGCUGCUCUUCACCGACGUGUACGAGGAGAUGCCGCCCGCCUUGAGCAAGCAGCGGGAGUCGCUCUUCAGGCACGUGCAGCAGUACAAGGAGCACUACCCGCUGGACCUCUACGACAAAUAGAAUGUGUUACAUUGAAGCCCGUUUGGUGCCUUAACACGCUUCCUGUCAGGUCGCACUCAUGUAAACACACAGUUGGUGUGCUAACCUCAGAUGUAACCUCUUUUGUGGUGGUGUUUCGGGUUUUCUUUGUCUCUUCUGGUUUAAGUAGGUCGUGGUGGACACGCUCACACUGUAAGAGGACAUUACAUUGCUCAUCGAUGGGCAGUGGAACCUACGUUUUCGUCAUGAAUACGUUCCAAACGGUCAGACGAAAACCACAUACAUGUUCCCUAUAAUACAGAUACUAGUUGUAGUUUACAUGUAAAAAAAAAAAAAAAGAAAAAUACAUAAAUGAGGAAUAAAAUUUAUAAACAAACAUUUCACAUGCUUUUUUUUAAACUUUUUUUUUUUUUUGAAGACUUGUUGAACUAGAAUGAGUGGCGGGAAGGGUGUGAGGGGAGCGCAGCCGCUGUUUCACACCAGUUCAUUUAACUUAACUUUAAAGAGUAGACUGUUAGAGCUGUAUACUUGCUCAUACUUACAUACUUGUAAACUUAAGCAGUCGGUACAGUCAACACACACACACACUCUUUUUCUGUUAUGUGUCUCUCUGAAACUAUUCCCACUAGGAACUAGGAGCCUUUCCAUUGCAAUCCUGUUGUAGCAAACGCUACACUUUGCUACGGCUUCUUUUUUGAAUUAAACAACUUCCCACCUUCUUUAUUAAAGUUUUGGCACUUGCAA